AUGCGAGGUCGGCAUGUCGUUCGUAAACUUCGAUCAGCUUCAUCAUCCCCUCUGCUUUUCGACACGGACUCGUUCGUCUUUGACGGCACCAACUCCGACAUUGCACGUCAACUCUACAUCCGCUACGCUGCAGGAAAAGCCGAAGAUAAAGUCGAGCUCACUGCGAUCCCCUUGGCCGUACGACAGAGACUGGACCCCUACAAUAUCGUCUUCAGUGACUUGCCCGGACUUGUCCAACGUGCUGUGCUAUGGGACUCGGGCUUUGCUGUCUCGCCAGUGAAUGAGGCCGUGCAAAUCUGGACGCUCGACAACUUGACCAUGGCAGACCUCGCUGUACCAGAAGCCCACGUCAAAGAUGCGGGCUGCACGCUCAAAAAGUGCGUGCAGCCGAACGACGUCACGGGUUAUUACACGCAAACUUGCUCCGGUACCCAGAUGCUCAGUGUCUCGCGCUGUGUGAUCGAUACGUUCAAAGACGACGGUGCAGUUGGCUUCUUGGGUGCAAUGUGGUCGAAAGGUGGCGACCGCGGCAUGACUCCACUCAUCCGGUUGAGGGAUCAUUCGUGGACUGACCCGAUCUCGAACGAUUCGUUCAGUGUCUACGCUGUUCAUACGGUCCCCAACGCUUUGGACGCUGUCUGGAACCAAUGCCCCGUACACACCAAGUAUGCGUCGCUGACGGUGCCUUGUCACAGGCGAGAUAUGAUCACGGGUGAAGUGAAGAUGGCAAUGACAGCGCCGAGCGGAAGUGAUUGGGUGACGACAUGGCUUGAGAACGACUUUGCCGUGCCAUCCGGAUUCGACACGUCCAUGCUGGUGACAAUCAUUCCGGCCGUUCUCACGCUGCUGUUUCUGCUCGCAUUGGCCUGGUGCUGUUGCCGCCAUCGACCGAGUCGCUCAGAGCAGACCACUUCUGAUGUGUACAAUCUUGCUGCUGAUGCUCCACAGUGUCUAGACGACUGGACCUCGAAACCAGAAGACAGGUCGACCGAUCGCUCCCUGCGGCUUACCCAUCAAUCCUCGCUCUUCAGCUGCUCGGGAGACUUUGAGAGUGCAGGCACCAACCGAACGCUCAAGAUACUGCUCGGCAGCCAGUGUCUGCAACACAAACGCAUUCCAUACGAGAACCUCACGUUGCAGGAACCGCUUUCGAAGGGUGCCUCCGGAGAAGUCUGGAUUUGCGACUAUAAUGGGAAGACCGUCGCUGUGAAACGAUUGAUCCACGGAAGUCGGAACGCAGAGACCGUGCGAACCUUCGCUGAAGAAAUCGAGCUGAGCGCGAGCCUCGUCCACCCGAACAUUGUCGAGUUUAUCGGCGUGGCGUGGAAUAGUCUCGACAAUCUCGCAAUGGUGCUCGAAUUCUUCCCACGAGGCAACUUGCAAAAUUACUUGCACAAGAACGCCGACUUGCUGUCGUGGGCUCGAGACAAGAUCCAAAUGGCCGUCGCGAUAGCACAAGCGUUGCAGUAUUUGCACGGACGCUUACCGGCCAUCAUCCAUCGCGAUCUCAAGUGCAACAAUAUCUUGCUGACGGACAAUCUGGAGCCCAAAUUGAUUGACUUUGGCGUCAGCCGCGGACUCCUUGACAUUACCAUGACCGCAGGUGUUGGCACGCCUUACUGGGCAGCUCCUGAGAUCUUGGAAGGCAAGCGGUACACUGAGCAGGCCGAUAUUUACUCCUUUGGUGUGGUGCUGUCUGAGCUCGACACCGGCGCGAUUCCAUACCAUAACGCCGUGACGGAAAGCGGCGGCCAGGCCACGUCGUUCCAGAUUCUGCAAGACGUCAUGGCUGGUUCAUUACGACCUAGCUUUUCACGGGACUGCCCCCCACGAAUUCGACGAGUUGGCUUGGCGUGUUUGUCUCUUGACCCUUCUAGUCGACCAUCUGCACACCAGCUGAUCGAGUGGCUCGAAGGCAAUACUGCUGAGCUAGAGCUUUCGUCGUGA